AUGGAUGAGCUUAUUGCUAAAUUAAGAAGCCAAGUUUCAGAAACCCAGAAGAAUGUCCAGACUGAUAACUCCCAAACACAGUCCUCUCUGAAUGAUGAUGUGCUUGUAAUCAAAAAUGAAAAUGAGCUUCCUGAAAUAACAACCUCUCAGUCUGACAUACUUCCAAAGAAUAGGUUUAAACUUGAUUUUGACAUUCUCAAAAAGUAUCGAGGGGAAAAUUCAAUGAAAAUCUCGGAAUUGAAGCUCUGUGACCUCCUAAAGAUAGACGGGCCGGUGUGGGCAAUAGUAAAAUCAAUUGAGAGCUACAAGGGUAUUAAUGGUUGCGUCCACAAAUGGGAGCUGAUGGAUGAAAGUGGGGUUAUUUUUGCAAGCUCAAUUGUCUCUGACCAAAGUAUUUCUGUAGGAAGCAUUAUUUGUAUUUCUGAUUUCUCAGUAUGGAAUAUGGGAGGAAACCAUUUGAACAUCGUAGACAGGAACAUUAAAAGAAUUUUAAAUUAG